UAGAUGUCACUAUAGAAUAAAACAAUGGAUAAAUAAAUAGUAAAUAGUGCCUAAUUAUUAUAUCAUGAUUACUCCCCUGAGUGUGCAGCUUUUUAUUGAUUUAUUGUGAUAUUUAUGUUUCGAGGUUAAUUCAAACAUUGUGCAUUAAAAGUGUAUUUGAGUAAGAAAAAAUAAUAAUUGAAGUAGUUUAGUUGGAUUACACUCCUACUUUUUUGGGGGGCUGUGCUCGGCUGCAGGGUUUGUGUGAAACAGCCGCUAGGGUCUGCCAUGCCGCGGACAUGUCCGCCGGUUAACGGAGUGGAUGAGGCGGUCUUUAGCCUCAGUCUGAACCGGCUGGAGCCACAACCAUCAACCAAGCAGGGACUGGAGAGAGGGGGGGUGUUGUGGAGCCCAUCCCCACUGUACCGCGACAUGCUACAUCCCCUAUGCGUUCACCAGCCCACACACACACGCACGCACACACGCGCGCGCACACACACUCCAGAAAAACACAGCCGUCUCCGUCGACAGUGCGAGAGAUGACAGCGAAGAAAGACGCUUCCCAGCCGCUGAGCGGCUCUCGCCUCCAGGAGAGGAAGGGAGCGGCGGACCGGUUGGCGAAGGCUAACCCCGACUGGUUUUAUCUCUCCCCUCGGCAGGAACCGGAGAAAGGGCCAGCGUCCGCGGCGGGGAUCCAUGCCCAUGUGGUGGGGGCUGUCGCCGGCUCCGGAGCUGCGGACGAGUCGUCUGACAGCGAAGCGGAGCAGGAAGGCCCCCAGAAACUCAUCCGGAAAGUGUCCACCUCAGGACAGAUCAGGAGCAAGACGAGUAUAAAGGAGGGAUUGUUGCUGAAACAGACCAGCUCGUUCCAGAGGUGGAAAAAGCGUUACUUCAAACUGAGAGGCCGAACCCUCUACUACGCCAAAGAUGCCAAGUCUGGCAGUGCCCUGGCACACUGGCAGGAGCGGGCGCUGCGCAGAGUGUCCAGGAGUCGCGUGUGCUGGCGAGUUCUGUCCGUGUGCUGGACGGGCGCGCGACACUCCCCCCCACCUCUGGGUGCCAGCGGAUCUGAGGAAGGCCUAGUGAGAAUUCGGUCCCUUAUCUUUGACGAGGUGGACCUGUCGGAUGCCAGCGUUGCAGAGUCCAGCACGAAGAAUGUCAACAACAGCUUCACAGUGAUCACUCCGUUCCGUAGGCUCAUCCUCUGCGCCGAGAACAGGAAAGAGAUGGAGGACUGGAUCAGUUCGCUGAAGUCCGUCCAGUCCAGAGAGCAUUACGAGACGGCACAGUUUAAUGUGGAACAUUUCUCAGGGAUGCACAACUGGUACGCCUGCUCCCACGCACGGCCCACCUUCUGCAACGUCUGCAAAGACAGCUUGUCUGGGGUCACGUCUCACGGCCUCUCCUGCGAAGUGUGCAAAUUCAAAGCCCACAAGCGCUGCGCUGUCAGAGCCACUAACAACUGUAAAUGGACAACCCUGGCUUCAAUAGGGAAGGAUAUCAUUGAGGAUGAGGAUGGGAUUGCCAUGCCUCACCAGUGGUUGGAAGGCAACCUGCCUGUCAGUGCCAAGUGUGCUGUGUGUGAUAAGACAUGCGGCAGCGUACUGAGGCUGCAGGACUGGCGCUGCCUCUGGUGCAAAGCCAUGGUGCACACCGCCUGUAUGGACCUGUACCCUCGCAAGUGUCCUCUUGGUCAGUGCAAAGUCUCCAUCAUCCCCCCCACGGCGCUCAACAGCAUCGACUCUGAUGGCUUCUGGAAGGCCACCUGUCCCCCGUCAUGUGCCAGUCCCCUCCUGGUCUUUGUCAACUCCAAAAGUGGUGACAACCAGGGGGUUAAAUUCCUACGACGCUUCAAGCAGCUCCUCAACCCGGCUCAAGUCUUUGACCUGGUCAACGGUGGACCGCACCUCGGCCUGCGCCUGUUUCAGAAGUUUGACAACUUCCGGAUCCUGGUGUGUGGAGGCGAUGGGAGUGUGGGCUGGGUCCUCUCAGAGAUCGACAAACUCAAUCUUCACAAACAGUGCCAGCUGGGGGUGUUGCCCUUGGGCACGGGCAACGAUCUGGCCCGGGUGCUGGGCUGGGGCCCUUCGUGCGACGAUGACACCCAGCUUCCCCAGAUCCUGGAGAAGUUGGAGAGGGCCAGCACCAAGAUGCUGGACCGCUGGAGCAUCAUGACCUACGAGAUUAAGAUCCCACCCAAACACAGCUGCCCCACCACGCCCGAGGGAGCCGACGACUGCCAGUUUCACAUUUCAGCCUAUGAAGACUCAGUAGCUGCUCACCUCACAAAGAUCCUCAACUCUGAGCAGAACUCUGUGGUCAUCUCCUCUGCCAAGAUCCUGUGUGAAACAGUGAAGGAUUUUGUUUCCAAAGUGGGGAAAGGCUACGAAAAAAGUACAGACAACAGUGAGGGGUGCGGCACGAUGUCUCUCAAAUGUGCCAUCCUGAAUGAGAAACUGGACUCCCUCCUCCAGACACUCAACUCAGAGUGCCAGGCUCUACCUUCACUCCCCCACUCCACUCCUCCUAUCGUGGAGGAGGAGCAGGAGGAGGAGGAGGAAGAGGAGGAGGCCAGCGAGGAGAGCCUGACGGAGCUGAAGGAGAAGAUGGAGGAGGAGGAGACGGAGAAAGGAGGAAGAGGGGCCCCACACCAGCUGUUCAAAAGCAGGGAGCAGAUGAUGCUCCGGGCCAACAGUCUGAAGAAAGCCCUGCGACAGAUCAUAGACCAGGCCGAGAGAGUGGUGGAUGAGCAGAACGCCCAUACGGAGGACACCGAGCCGCCGUCUCCCCUGGAGUUCAGGAAGGAGAACGAGGAGGAGAACAGAGACAGUGAGAAGGACGAGGACACCAAGGAACUGGAAGCAGUGACAUCUAUUAAGAGUCACUGUUCUCCCACGGAGAGGAGAGUGAGCCGCAGCACGCAGUCCUACAGCUCCUUCACCAUCACCCCCUUCACCACCAGCAAGGAGAACCUCCCGGUACUCAACACUCGCAUCAUCUGCCCUGGCUUGCGGGCAGGUCUGGCUGCCUCCAUCGCUGGCAGCUCCAUCAUUAGCAAGAUGCUGUUGGCUAACAUCGACCCCUUUGGUGCCACACCGUUCAUCGACCCCGACCUCGACUCACUAGAGGGCUACAUGGAGAAGUGCGUGAUGAACAACUACUUUGGCAUCGGCCUGGACGCCAAGAUCUCCCUGGAGUUCAACAACAAGCGAGAGGAGCACCCAGAGAAAUGCAGGAGUCGUACCAAGAACAUGAUGUGGUACGGCGUUUUGGGCACAAAGGAGCUUCUGCAGAGAACAUACAAGAAUCUGGAGCAGAAGGUCCAGCUAGAGUGUGACGGCCAGUACAUCCCCCUGCCCAGCCUUCAGGGUAUCGCAGUGUUAAACAUUCCUAGCUACGCAGGCGGGACCAACUUCUGGGGCGGCACCAAGGAGGAUGAUAUCUUCUGUGCCCCGUCGUUUGACGAUAAGAUCCUGGAAGUUGUGGCUGUGUUUGGGAGCAUGCAGAUGGCUGUGUCCAGAGUCAUCAAGCUGCAACACCACCGCAUCGCACAGUGUCGAACGGUGAAGAUUACUAUCCUGGGUGACGAGGGAGUUCCCAUUCAGGUGGACGGAGAGGCCUGGAUCCAGCCACCCGGAGUCAUCAAGAUCCAGCACAAGAACAGAGCUCAGAUGCUCACCAGAGAUCGGGCGUUUGAGAACACCCUGAAGUCAUGGGAGGACAAGUUGAAGUAUGACAAGCCUCCUUUGCGGCCUCACCUCUACCCACAACAGUCUGUGGAUCUGGCUACGGAGGAGGAGGCCGCCAUGGUGCAGCUGUGCGCCCGAGCUGCAGAGGAGCUCAUUACAAGGAUAUGCGAGGCUGCAAAGACCAAUGGGUUUUUAGAGCAGGAGCUGGCUCAUGCUGUUAAUGCCUCGUCUCACGCCAUCAACAAAACACACCCCAAGUUCCCGGAGAGUCUGACCAGGAACACAGCUAUAGAGGUGGCCAGCACUGUCAAGGCUCUGUACAACGAGACAGAGUCCCUGCUGUUGGGCCGAGUCUCUCUGCAACUGGACCAGCCAGAGGAGGAUCAGCUGUCCAGUGCUCUGCAGAGUGUGGAGCUGGAACUGGGCAAACUGGGAGAGAUCCCCUGGCUCUACCACAUACUGCAGCCCAAUGAUGAGGAGGUUGACUGUGCUUAUGUACCAGGACCACUCUCUGGGUUACGGCAAGAGGAACAGUCGCAGCAGCAUGUUUCGCAUAGUGCCCAAGUUCAAGAAGGAGAAGGCCGCCAAGAAGACAAGCCCUCAGUCAGGAUCUGGGGAUAUCGAAAGUGGGUCAUAUGAAGAGAAUUCUCCAGGGAACUAAAGACCUGGCCAAGGCCUCUAUGGUUGACCUCUAACCCGGGAGCAGACGCAACCGGAGAGGGGAAACGAACAUUCCCCUCACAUCAGUGGAAGAGUUUUGGCAACACCGUAGGCAGCGGAGGUGAAGAUAGGUAUUCGAGGAGAGCUGGAUUUGUAUCCCUCUGCUGAGAAAGCCUUUGUGAUGUUGUUAACAUGAUAACAUUGGUGUGUUUGUUUGUGCUUUGGUGCCAAAAUGACAGUCGAGAAAGCAGAUUGAAAUGCAAAAGGACUUUACGGAUCUUCACAAAAUAAAACAACAACAACAAAAAAAGCCAUUUCUAAGUUAAUAACCAUUCAUAGCGCACAAUCAGGUAUGCAACUAACCAUACGGUUGACUUGUUGUUUGAGUUGUGAUAGCAAACUAGUAGCAAAACCAGGACUUCCAUGAGCGUGGGAUUUCGCUUCAGUUCGGUGUGUAACCGUGAUGUUUGCUGGACGUCCCAGAGCUGCAGAUGCACCAAAGCAGCCUCCGGGUUUCAGGAGCACUGCUGCAGAUAAAGGUGUAACAUCACAGUCUAGCCGGUAAUCUGGAAGGUGUGGUGUCUGAAAACAGUGGGAUACUGUCGCAUGCUAUGCUUGCUCGUCUUUAGAUAUGUUUAAUUGCAUGAUUAGUGUCUUGAUUUUUAUUUCUUUUCGUGUGCAAAAUAAGACUUGAACAAGUUUUACAUGACUUAAGUAUUACGAUGCCAUUUGUUACUACUGAAAGCAUCCUUUUUUGGUCUAAAUCCAACUCUUUUUUUUCUAGCUUUAAUUUAUUUUGUUUGCAUGAUAAUGAUGUGUCAAAGAUUUGUGUCAAGUGCCAUAUUUUCAGUCAUUUAGUGUAAAAUGUGCUUUAUUGGUAGAAGUCAUAAGAAGUUCGUUUUUUUCUUCUUUUUUUAAAGCUGUUGAUGAAGUUAUGAAUAUUUGGAAUUAAUAUUUGUAAGUUGACACGUUCUCUGUGGAUGUGAAAUCAGUACCAAAGUGAAUGUCUAAGAAAACGUUGAUGACUUUGUUCAGGUCGCACCUCUUAAAUUGAAUAGGCCAGUAGGUCUUAGUUCUUAGUUCCUUUGAAGGUUGGAAGGAGAUUCGUGUUGAUCUGAAGCCAACCACAUAAACUGGAGGGUUGCUGAGUUUUUUUAAGGAACACUUAAAAGGCACUUUCUACUUCUUGCUUCAUGCAAGUGCAAAUACUCAUAUCAUUACAUAGAAGUAACGGUUCACCUCAACUUUUUAAACUUUUGGCAAUUUAACACAGUAUUUAACACUAAUGAGAAUAGCAGUUAGAUAUGGGUUUUGAAUAUGUAAUAGAGCAGUUGAUCUGCAGCCUGCAUAGCAUCGUUCAAGUGCAGCUUUCUUUUUUGUUGUUUUCUUCAAAUUACAAGUGAGACGUUAGAUAGAACACUACUUUUACUUGUUAGUUUCUUUUAAGACUGGUGGCAUUACAGGGUAUAUUUCUAUAUGCUAAGUUUGUAUAUACAUAUAUGCACUGUAUAUAUACUGGUGUAUGCAAACCAUGUUUGUACGUGUUGUAGUCUAAUGCAUUUGUAGAUUGCUGACAUGGCAUGCAUUGUCAACAGCUUACACAUUUGAUUGUGUAUAUUACACCAUAACAAUUGUGUAUUGUUGAUUUGUCCUAAUCUCUUGUACAUGAUAAUGCUGUUGUAUUCUAAUGAUGGUGCAAUAUUUUAUCUCUUGUUUUGAUACUGUCUCUGCAGCUUUCUGACAUGAUGUUUAUCAGUGGGGGGGGGAGGGGGGACAAAAGAAAGGCAAACGUUGAAAGAGUUUUUUUGUACACGUACUCUUCCCCGAGGUUUGGGGAUUAGAUUUUGACAGUUAGGCCCCGUAGACAGAGUGCUUUUUCUUAUGGACUCCACAUUUCUUCCAGCGGUUCACUAGUUUGUAGUUUUGCUCCUCUGUGCUUCCAAGAUGAUCCACUAAAGUAGGACUCUGUCAGCGAAUGAGUAGAAUGGGCAGACAUGACUGUUGUGUUUACACGUAAUAUGUAUCACAAUGUAUUUGUGCGCAUUGUGUGUGUGUGUGUGUGUGUGUGUGUGUGUGUGUGUGUCUACUACAACAGUGACAUAUUGUACCUUUAUCAGCAAUUGUAUACUUACUAUUGCCAACUAAUUUUAUCAUGUAAUUUUAACUCAGUCUAAACUAGCUUAAAACUUUUUUUAAUUGUUUCUGAAUAUUGAGUGCUACAUUUUAACAUGUGCACACAUUUCCAUCACUCAUCAAAGUAUCCUAAAUAAUAAUAGAAUGUGAGUGAGUCGGGGGCUGAAUCUUCAUGUGUUUUCUCUAGUAUCCCACCAGAGGGCGACCUGUCACAUCUCACCUCUCCACAGUCCCUGACUCGCAUCUCAAACAGCUCAGUGUUGCUGUUGCUUACGCCAACAAUCAGUUGUGCCGGGCUACUGCGUUCAGUAAGCCGCAGCGUUGCUAAUUGGCUUGCAGAAAUCAAUAAGCCAAUCAAUCAAAUUAAUUAUCAUAUUUACCAUCAUUAAUAAAGGGUACAUUUGUUGUUUAUCAAACUAGUUAAUAGUUAUUUUACUGUUAACAAACAAUGAAAUGAUGUAUUAAUAAUGUUUACUAAUUAUUUGUUAUAGUUUAUUUAGUUUUAUAGUUAUUUUGUGUAUUAAGAAAUACUUAUAUAUUGUAUCAUAACUGACAGGAGAUGAUAACAAUAACAUUCUGAUUACAUUAGUACACUAUAAACAGUGUGUUGUUGCACACAUUCUAACAUUUUAGAUACUGUAUUAAGUAUUUGUUAAUGAUUUACCAAAUGAUUUGUAAAACCUCUUUAAACAUUACAUAGAUGGACCAGAAACCAAUUAAUAAACAUUGACAAAGUGUCAGCUAUCUGUCUAAAUAAUGUUUAUAGAUGCUUUACAAAUUAUUUAUUAACAUUUAACACAGUAUUAUAAUCAUCAGUCAUCUAAAUAAAGUUAAAAGGUUUUCAGAGAAUAUAUAAAAUGUUAUGUGUGCAACAAAAAACUGUUAAUACAUCAUUAUUAAUAAUUAGUCCACAUUAUUAAUUACCAUUUCAUUGUUUGUCAAUAGUAAAAUAACUAUUAACUAAAGAGUAAUUGACUAUCAAUUUGCUAUUUACUAAUGAUGGUUAUUAUAGAGUGUGACCCUGUCUUUUUUCAUUGAGUAGAUCAGGUUCAUUGUUAUCUAUCUGAUGACCGUUGGCCUUUUGCGAGCCAGAAUCUCUGGAUUUAGGUUUAGACCAAGUUGAAGCCUUUUUGUUAGUACGUGCUUUAAAUGGAGCAGUAUAGUACAACUGCUGUACACUGCUUUGUUCCUGCAGUGCUCUGUACGUUUUUUAAUUUAAUCUCCAUCAUUGCCAGUUACCAAACUGAAUCCACUAAUACCGUUGCAGUUCCUGAGCUGUGUCUGUCUGUGUUUCUGUUAUCCGCGUGUCCAAAGUGUCUGCCGGGUUCUCUAAAUCUCAAGUGUUUGGGCUCCAGGCGAGAGGAUGCUUGACCUUUCCACACAAAGUGGAAGUAGCCACCUUUCUCCCUUGCUGUGUUUUCCAGUGGUCUGUAAAUAAUGCUGCAAACUGCCUGGUUUCCAAAAACCAACGAAACCCAUGCAAGGAUCUCUAAAAGAUGGGAUAGCAUGAUAGUCUCUGACGUGGUUUCCUGAAGUGAUGGGAGAAAAGUGAGUUUCAUUUGUUUACAUUAUGUUUACAAUGGCACAGUUUUAAUUUUUAAGAAUAUAUAUGUAGGUAUAAACAAUAUUUGCAUAUUUAUUGCCUAAGGUUAAAUGACAUGAUGUGUGUUGUGUUUUCACAUUUGGAAUAUAAUGUUACAGUUCUCACCUGUAUUACUAUCUGGAUGAUUUUGGUAAAGUAGUUGAUCAUUUUCAUGACUACUAAGUGACUGUUUUCUGUGCCUUUGUAUGGUUAGAAUGCAUGGUUAACUAUUUAUUACAAUUUGGAGUCACUGAGAUGUGUAUUUUUGUAUUCUGAAUAAAUAAAUGGUUGAGCUUUUGUUGUAUAUUUUUUAGGUGCCUUAAAACAGGCUACCUAUUCAUAUCUCUCUUCUUCAAUAAAACCAAAUACAUAUGCA